AUGUUGCAGUUACUUCCAUUGGUGCUAAUCUCCAGUUAUUUGGGCGUCCUGGGCACCACCUACGUAACAGUCGAUGACCACAUGGAGCCAACAACUCUUGCUGAACAAUUGGAAAUGGUGGAUUUGCUGGACUUGGGCGACAGACCCAGGCGCAUGGCACAGCCCAAACAGCUGCACACGUCGGCCUCAAAGUUUCUGCUUGAGGUGUACAAUGAGAUCAACGAGGAGCAGGAGCCGCAGGAAGUGCUACAGCAGCGACACAAGCGUUCGCUAGAGGACGAUAUACUAGUGACCCGUGAGGAUCGCCAGGAGAUAGCUAGCUGCAACAGUAUCUUGACCUUCUCCAGUCGUCUUAAGCCGCUGGAAGAGGGGGAGAUAAACUCUCAGCAGGACUUGCACAUCACGUUCAAUACGAAUGACGUACCCAUGGACCUGACGCUGGUGCAGGCCAUGCUGCGCAUCUAUAAGCAGUCCAGCUGGCAGGAGCAGCGUCAGAAUUUUACAGUUUCCGUAUAUAGAAGGAUCCACAGUCAUCAUCAGGCUUUCAUGGAGGAUGGUGCUCCUGUUUAUCGUAUCCUGCACUCGGUGAACACCACAGCCCUCUACAAGGGCUGGCUAGAGUUCAAUCUGACGCAGACGCUGCGCGCCUGGUUGCUUAACAAGAGCCCACAGCGCCACGAGUUGCGCAUCUCGUUGGGCGAGGCGCAGCUAAGUGCCUUGGGCGCCGGUCUAGUGGCGCCCCAGGCAGCGGGUUCCAAUCUGGAGCCCUUCAUUGUGGGCUAUUUCAAUGGGCCCGAGCUGCUGGUUAAGGUACAAAAGCUGCGCUUCAAGCGCGACCUCAACAAGCGCAGAGCCAUGUUACCGCCAACUGGCCACGUCCGGCCCCCGCCGGAGGUAUUCAAGGCGCCGCAGUCCUGCGAGCGUCUUAACUUUACAGUGGACUUCAAGGAGCUGCAAAUGCACAAUUGGGUCAUAGCGCCCAAGAAGUUCGAGGCGUACUUUUGCGGCGGCGGCUGCAAUUUUCCACUCGGCACUAAAAUGAAUGCCACGAAUCAUGCGAUUGUUCAGACCCUGAUGCAUCUGAAGCAGCCACAUCUGCCCAAGCCCUGCUGUGUGCCCACUGUUCUGGGCGCCAUAACCAUAUUGCGAUACAUUAACGAGGAUAUCAUAGACUUAACCAAAUACCAAAAGACGGUGGCCAAGGAGUGCGGAUGCCAUUAG